CUCGUCCCCGGCCAGCCCGGCCCGAAGCCAGGCACCCCCGCAGCGCCCAGCCUUCCACGGCCUCCAGUGUGCGGGGCGGGGCGCGACAGCUUGGCCCGGUGCCGUGGGCACGGGGACCCGCCUGUGUCCGACCCGAGAACUGGUCAGGGCCCCCUCCUCCCGUGGAGCGACUCCGGCGGGCAGGGGUUGGCAUCACCCCGGGUCCGACUCGGGGCGGCCCUGCCCCAGCUCUCAUUGGACUGCGGCGAGGAGUAAACUGUCAGCCCAUGUGGCGUGGCCGCCGGAGGUGGCGACUGCUUAAAUAGCGGUGGGAGCUAGAGGGAGACAGUGAGGAGAGCGCGGAGUAUCGGCCGUGCGCAGCUCGGCACCGGCCGCCGCAGCGUCCGCCCGCAGAGCCCGCCCCGCAGCAUCCCGACCCCGCGCUGAGCUGACGCCAGAGUCUUACCGACACGAAGCCUUCCGCCCCUGUGCAGCAACAGGGAGAAGUUAAGCGAUGGAGGACGUGGUGAUUGCAGGCAUAGCAGGAAAGCUGCCAGAAUCUGAGAACUUGCAAGAGUUUUGGGAGAACCUGCUUAAUGGAGUUGAUAUGGUCACGGAGGAUGAUCGGAGGUGGAAACCAGGAAUUUAUGGACUGCCCAAGAGAAAUGGAAAGCUCAAGGACAUAAGCAAAUUUGAUGCAUCUUUUUUUGGGGUUCAUCCCAAACAAGCUCAUACAAUGGAUCCUCAACUUCGCUUGCUGUUGGAAGUUUCGUAUGAAGCUAUUUUGGAUGGAGGUAUUAAUCCGGCCACCCUCCGUGGCACAGACACAGGUGUAUGGAUUGGUGCCAGUGGGUCAGAAGCUGCCGAAGCCCUUAGCCAAGAUCCAGAAGAGCUUUUGGGAUACAGUAUGACUGGCUGCCAGCGUGCUAUGCUUGCCAACAGGAUUUCCUAUUUCUUUGACUUUACAGGACCAAGCUUAACUAUUGACACAGCCUGCUCCUCUAGUCUCGUCGCUCUGGAAAACGCUUUUAAGGCAAUUCAUCAUGGACAGUGCAGUGCAGCCCUAGUAGGAGGGGUCAACCUCCUGCUGAAACCCAACACAUCUGUGCAGUUCAUGAAACUGGGUAUGCUUAGUCCUGAUGGUGCCUGCAAGGCUUUUGAUGUUUCAGGAAAUGGAUAUUGUCGCUCUGAAGCUGCUGUCGUUGUUCUUUUGACCAAGAGAUCUAUGGCUAAGCGGAUCUAUGCCACAAUAGUAAAUGCUGGAAUUAACACUGAUGGCUUUAAGGAGCAAGGUGUGACAUUCCCAUCUGGAGAGAUGCAGCAGCAGUUGGUCAGGUCUUUGUACAUGGAAUGCGGUGUCAAACCUGAAGAAGUGGAGUAUGUUGAAGCUCAUGGGACAGGCACCAAGGUUGGAGAUCCACAGGAAGUAAAUGGCAUUGUAAAUGUCUUCUGUCAAUGUGAGAGGAAGCCAUUGUUGAUUGGAUCAACCAAGUCAAACAUGGGUCAUCCAGAGCCUGCCUCUGGGCUUGCGGCAUUAGCCAAGGUCAUUCUCUCUCUGGAACAUGGGCUGUGGGCUCCAAAUCUUCAUUUCAGUACCCCAAAUCCAGAUAUUCCUGCCUUACAAGAUGGCACUUUGGAGGUGGUUUGUAAACCAACACCAGUGAAAGGUGGCCUUGUCAGUAUCAACUCCUUUGGCUUUGGAGGUGCUAAUGCUCAUGUCAUUCUGAGGCCAAAUAAGAACAAACACCAGCCUCUGGAGAGUUGUAACAUGCCAAGACUGGUUCAAAUUUCUGGCAGAACCCAGGAAGCUGUGGAAAUACUAAUUCAAGAGAGCAGAAAACAUGGAGGAUGCAGCCCAUUUGUAAGCCUGCUCAGUGAUAUCUCUGCAGUUCCUGUGUCCUCCAUGCCCUACAGGGGCUACAUGCUGGUUGGCACUGAGAGCGACAUCAAAGAGGUUCAGCAAGUUCAAGCAUCUGGUAGACCACUCUGGUACAUCUGCUCAGGCAUGGGAACACAGUGGAAAGGCAUGGGCCUCAGCCUUAUGAAGUUGGAUUUGUUCCGCCAGUCUAUAUCGCGUUCAGAUGAGGCUUUGAAGAACACAGGCCUGAAGGUCUCAGACCUGCUUCUGCAAGCGGAUGAGAACACUUUUGAUGACACUGUCCAUGCAUUUGUUGGACUAGCUGCUAUUCAGAUUGCUCAGAUUGAUAUGCUGAAAGCUGCAGGUUUGCAACCUGAUGGGAUUUUGGGCCACUCAGUGGGAGAACUAGCUUGUGGCUAUGCAGACAAUUCCCUAAGUCAUGAAGAAGCCAUCCUCGCUGCUUACUGGCGGGGACGAUGCGUCAAAGAGGCCAAAUUGCCCCCAGGAGGAAUGGCUGCUGUUGGUCUGACAUGGGAGGAAUGUAAACAGCGCUGUCCUCCAAAUGUGGUACCAGCCUGUCACAACUCUGAAGACACUGUCACUGUUUCAGGGCCUCUGGCCACCGUGAGUGAGUUUGUAGCCAGACUGAAGCAGGAUGGUGUGUUUGCAAAGGAGGUUCGCAGUGCUGGCGUCGCAUUCCACUCCUAUUACAUGGCCUCCAUUGCCCCUGUGCUGCUCCGUGCCCUGAGAAAGGUCAUUCCACACCCUAAACCUCGCUCAGCACGAUGGAUCAGUACAUCUAUCCCUGAAUCUCAGUGGCAGAGUGAUCUGGCCAGGAAUUCUUCUGCAGAAUACCAUGUGAACAACCUAGUGAAUCCAGUGCUAUUCCAUGAAGGUUUGAAGCAUGUUCCAGAGAACGCCGUUGUAGUAGAGAUUGCUCCACAUGCUCUUUUACAGGCUAUCUUGAGGAGAACUUUGAAACCAACUUGCACCAUUCUACCUUUGAUGAAGAAAGAGCACAAAAAUAAUUUGGAGUUCUUCCUAACACAGAUUGGAAAGAUUCAUUUAACUGGGAUAAACGUUUUUGGAAAUAACUUGUUCCCAUCUGUGGAAUACCCUGUCCCUGUGGGAACACCCCUCAUUUCUCCAUACAUCAAAUGGGACCAUAGCCAGGACUGGGAUGUUCCAAAAGCUGAAGACUUUCCAGCAGGUUCCAAAGGCUCUGCAUCUGCUUCAGUCUACAAUAUCGAUGUGAGUCCUGACUCUCCUGACCACUACUUGGUUGGUCACUGCAUUGAUGGCAGAGUUCUGUACCCAGCAACUGGGUACCUGGUGCUGGCUUGGCGAACACUGGCACGAUCUCUUGGCAUGGUCAUGGAGCAAAUGGCUGUGAUGUUUGAAGAUGUCACAAUUCAUCAGGCUACUAUCCUUCCCAAAAAGGGAUCAGUACAGCUGGAAGUAAGACUCAUGCCUGCAUCCCGCUGUUUUGAGGUGUCAGGAAAUGGGAAUCUGGCUGUGAGUGGGAAGAUUUCCCUCCUAGAAAACACUGCUCUGAAGAACUUCCAUAACCAGCCAGAUGACUUUCGGACUCAAGUAGACAUGAGCUCAAAGUUGGGGCUCCUGAAAGAAGAUGUUUAUCAAGAGCUGCAUCUGCGUGGAUAUAACUAUGGACCAACUUUCCAGGGUGUUCUAGAAUGCAACAGUGAAGCAAGCGCAGGGAAGGUUCUGUGGAAUGGGAACUGGGUGACCUUCCUCGACACUCUGCUACAUGUGCUGAUCUUAGCUGAGCCUGGCCGCAGUCUGCGCUUACCCACCAGGAUUCGUUCAGUCUGCAUUGACCCAGUGCUGCAUCAAGAGCAGGUGUGCCAAUACCAGGACAAUAUAGAAGCUUUUGAAGUUGUUGUGGACCGCUGUCUCGACAGCCUUAAGGCAGGAGGUGUUCAGAUCAACGGCCUUCAUGCUUCUGUGGCACCACGCCGACAACAGGAACGGACCCCUCCCACCCUGGAAAGAUUCUGCUUUGUGCCCUACACCGAGAGUAACUGUUUGUCUUCCAGUGCCCAUCUUAAUGCCUAUCUGGAGCAUUGCAAAGGUCUGAUCCAGAACUUACAGUCUAAGGUGGCAGUGCAUGGGGUCAAACUAGUCAUUCCUGGACUAGACACUGCAGUGGCUGCUACAGGGUCCUCACCCAAACAGAAGGGCCUUCAGCAUAUCCUUGCUGCAAUCUGCCGUCUGGAACUGAAUGGGAACCUCCAUUCUGAGCUGGAACAGGUUGUGACUCGAGAGAAAAUGCACUUCCAGGAUGACCCUCUUCUCAGUGGAUUGCUAGAUUCUGUGGAGUUGAAGACUUGCCUGGAUGUGGCAGUGGAGAACAUGAUCAGUCAUAGGAUAAAGAUAGUAGAGGCUAUUGCAGGAAGCGGACAGCUGUUCUCUCGUGUCAAAAGUAUUCUGAAUACUCAGCCCCUGUUGCAGGUGGACUACAUUGCCACCGACCGCGUCCUGGAAAACCUUUCAGCUUAUGAGAAAGAGCUGCAAGAUGCUGGUGUUCUCUCUAGCCAGUGGGAUCCAUCUAGCCUUCCUUCUGGAAAUCUGACCAACGCUGACUUGGUGGUGUACAACUGUUCAACAAGUGUUCUAGGGAACACCACUGAAAUCCUCUCUAAUUUGGCAGCUGCAGUGAAAGAAGGAGGGUUUGUUUUGCUACACACCCUUCUUAAAGGAGAAACUCUUGGGGAAGUUGUGGGUUUCCUUACAAGCCCAGAUCUGCAGCAGAAACACAGCUUCCUGAGUGAGGCACAGUGGGAGGACUUAUUCAGCAAAGCCUCACUGAAUCUAGUUGCCAUGAAGAAGUCAUUCUUUGGCUCGGUUAUUUUCCUGUGUCGCCGGCAAGCCCCUGCCAAAACACCCAUUUUUCUGCCAAUAGAUGAGACCAAUUAUAAGUGGGUUGAAUCAUUAAAGGAGGUCUUGGCUGACCCAUCAGAGCAGCCUGUGUGGUUGACUGCCACCAGUUGUGGGAACUCAGGAAUUUUGGGAAUGGUGAACUGCCUCCGCCUUGAAGCAGAAGGCCACCGAAUCAGGUGUGUGUUCAUUUCCAACUUGAACUCUUCAUCAGCUGUCCCACCCACGAGUCUUUCUUCCCUGGAGAUGCAGAAGAUUGUUCAGAAGGACCUGGUGAUGAAUGUGUAUCGUGAUGGAAAGUGGGGCUCCUUCAGGCAUCUCCCAUUGCAGCAAGCACAACCUCAGGAGUUGACAGAAUACGCCUAUGUAAAUGUGCUGACUCGUGGAGACCUCUCCUCUCUUCACUGGAUUGUCUCCCCACUUCGACACUUCCGCACAACUAAUCCCAAUGUUUUACUUUGCAAAGUCUAUUAUGCAUCUCUCAACUUCCGGGACAUUAUGCUGGCCACAGGGAAGCUUUCUCCAGAUGCUAUCCCUGGUAACUGGGCUUUGCAGCAAUGCAUGCUGGGCAUGGAGUUCUCAGGACGGGACCUGGCUGGAAGAAGAGUGAUGGGAUUGCUGCCAGCAAAGGGGCUGGCCACAGUGGUAGACUGUGACAAGAAGUUUCUAUGGGAGGUGCCUGAAAACUGGACUCUAGAAGAAGCCGCUUCAGUGCCUGUGGUUUAUGCCACUGCUUACUAUGCUUUGGUGGUUCGAGGUGGCAUGAAGAAGGGUGAGAGUAUCCUUGUUCACUCUGGCUCAGGAGGUGUGGGCCAAGCAGCCAUUGCCAUUGCCCUGAGCAUGGGCUGCCGUGUCUUUGCUACUGUAGGCUCUGCUGAGAAACGUGAGUAUCUCCAAGCAAGAUUCCCACAGCUGGAUGCUAAUAGCUUUGCCAGCUCCAGAGAUACUACCUUUGAGCAACAUGUACUGCGAGUUACCAAUGGAAAAGGUGUCAAUCUUGUGUUAAAUUCCUUGGCAGAAGAGAAGCUGCAGGCCAGUUUGCGUUGUCUUGCUCGACAUGGGCGCUUCUUGGAAAUAGGCAAAUUUGAUCUGUCUAACAACAGUCAGCUUGGAAUGGCUCUCUUCCUCAAGAAUGUGGCAUUUCAUGGGAUCCUAUUAGAUUCAAUAUUUGAUGAGGGAAACCAAGAGUGGGAAAUAGUAUCAGAGUUGUUGAAGAAAGGCAUAAAAGACGGGGUAGUAAAGCCCCUGAAGAGCACAGUCUUCAACAAAGAAGAUGUAGAAUCUGCCUUCAGGUUCAUGGCACAAGGAAAACAUAUUGGCAAAGUUAUGAUCAAGGUCCAAGAAGAGGAAAAGAAAUAUGCUUUAAGAAAGUCUGAACCAGUGAAAAUCUCUGCAAUCUCUCGUACCUCCUGUCCACCCACCAAGUCUUACAUCAUCACAGGGGGCUUAGGAGGAUUUGGGCUUGAGUUGGCACAGUGGCUGGUUGAGAGAGGAGCACAGAAGCUCAUACUGACAUCUCGUUCUGGCAUACGAACUGGCUACCAGGCUAAACGUGUUAAAGAGUGGAAGGCACUGGGAAUCCAAGUGUUGGUAUCUGCCAGUGAUAUUGGAACACUGGAAGGAACACAGCUAUUGAUAGAAGAAGCUUUGCAGCUUGGACCAGUUGGAGGCAUCUUUAAUUUGGCUGUGGUCCUUAGAGAUGGCAUGAUUGAAAAUCAAACCCCUGAAUUAUUCUGGGAGGUCAACAAACCCAAGUAUUCAGGCACCCUUCAUUUGGAUUGGGUGACUCGUAAGAAGUGUCCAGAUCUGGACUAUUUUGUUGUGUUCUCCUCUGUAAGCUGUGGAAGAGGUAAUGCUGGGCAAAGUAAUUAUGGCUUUGCCAAUUCUACCAUGGAGCGUAUCUGUGAGCAGCGACAUCAUGAUGGACUCCCAGGCCUGGCAAUCCAGUGGGGAGCCAUUGGUGAUGUGGGUAUCUUGCUGAAGACAAUGGGAAACAAAGACAUUGUGGUGGGGGGAACGAUUCCCCAGCAAAUCAGCUCGUGCCUGGAGGUGCUCGAUAUCUUCCUGAAUCAACCUCAUCCUGUCAUGUCCAGUUUUGUCCUAGCAGAGAAGGUCUCUGUGAAAGCUGAAGGAGGCAGUCAACGGGAUCUUGUAGAAGCUGUUGCUCACAUCCUGGGUGUCCGUGAUGUGAGUAGUCUGAAUGCUGACAGUUCCUUGGCUGACUUGGGCUUGGAUUCCUUGAUGGGAGUGGAGGUGCGCCAGACACUGGAGAGAGACUAUGACAUCGUUAUGACCAUGAGAGAAAUUCGACUCCUUACAAUCAACAAACUGCGUGAACUUUCUUCCAAGUCCAAGACAGCAGAGGAGCUGAAGUCAUCCCCACUGACGAAGACAGGCCUGGGCGAACCUCCAAAACUAGAUUUGAACAACUUGUUAGUGAACCCAGAAGGGCCAACAAUCACCCGUCUCAAUGAUGUUCAGAGUACAGAGCGCCCUCUUUUCCUUGUUCACCCCAUUGAAGGAUCCAUUGCAGUUUUCUACACUCUCGCCUCCAGACUUCACAUGCCCUGCUAUGGGCUCCAGUGUACAAAAGCUGCUCCCUUGGACAGCAUCCAGAGCCUGGCAGCCUAUUACAUUGACUGCAUGAAGCAGAUCCAGCCUGAAGGGCCUUACCGCAUCGCUGGAUACUCCUUCGGUGCCUGUGUAGCCUUUGAAAUGUGCUCCCAGCUGCAAGCACAACAAAAUGCUUCCCAUGCACUCAACAGUUUAUUCCUCUUUGAUGGGUCUCAUUCCUUUGUGGCAGCAUAUACUCAGAGCUACAGAGCCAAACUGACCCAAGGAAAUGAGGCUGCGUUGGAGACUGAAGCAUUAUGUGCCUUUGUUCAGCAAUUUACAGGCACUGAAUACAAUAAGCUGCUGGAGGUUCUUCUGCCCCUGAAAGAUCUGGAGGCUCGUGUGAAUGCUGCUGUAGACCUGAUAACUGAAAUUCAUACAAACAUCAAUCGUGAAGCACUCAGCUUUGCUGCUACUUCAUUUUACCAUAAACUGAAGGCUGCUGACAAGUAUAUACCAGACUCCAAGUAUCAUGGGAAUGUGACACUGAUGCGGGCAAAGUCUCACAAUGAAUAUGAGGAAGGUCUGGGAAGAGACUACAAACUCUCAGAGGUAUGUGAUGGGAAAGUAUCUGUCCACGUUGUUGAAGGGGAUCACCGCACCUUGCUGGAGGGAGUUGGUGUUGAAUCGAUUAUUGGGAUCAUCCACAGCUCACUGGCAGAGCCACGUGUCAGUGUCAGGGAGGGUUAACUUCUGCUUACUCACUGUCGGUGAAGAAAAUGCCAACGACAUUCCUAGUUAUGACAGACCCCAAGGAACUCUUCCUAUUUUUCAACAUCUCAUCUGCUCUGCUGCCAGAACUGGGAAGUCCAGCUGUACUCAACUGGUCUUUUUUUCUCUCUUUCUUGCUUGUCUUUUCCCAACUUUUAUGGGUUCUAUCUCUUUCCUUUCCUAUGCUGUUUUUCCCCCUAGUAACCCUGUCCGUGUUACUGUAGUGCUGUGACUCUGUCACUGUGCACUGCUAUGAGGGUUCCCCCCGAUGGUUGCUUCCUACACCCUUGGCAGUAUGAAAAACAAAUCUAGGAGUAGAUUUCUUGUGCUCUAUAUUGUUUUUGUCUUAACAGUAUUCCAAAGGGUAUGUGAUAGCACUUGUUGACCAAGCCUAGUGAGCAGAGAGAGGAGUGGAGCUGCAGCUGAUUUUGGAGAUACUUGUUGUCUGUGAAGAAUCUGUCUGCAGUUUAGGUCAGAAAGAGAAUUCCAUUGAGGGUUUUGUAACUAUAUUUUUUAAUUUGCUAUAUUCUAAGUAUUUAUUGUGUCAAACCAGAGACUUCUUACUUGGUUUUAAUUUAUCAUGGGUUAUAGGAGAAAAGAAACAUCCCUUUUUGGAGGGGAAGAUUUAUCCUACAAGGGAAACUUGCCCAUUUGUUAAACAAAAGUGCAUCUUUGGAAUAGUCUGGUUUCUUGUUUGGUUUGUUCUUCUAUCUCCCACUGCCCUGCCCUAUUCGGAAAGGAAAAGGUAAAAAGAAAGAUUCUUGCCAUCAUCCACUCUUCUUAGGAGAGAGGGGCCGGGGGGGAUAGGGUGGAUGGUUUGACAGAUGCCCCUGUAUUCAACAGCCUUAACUUGGGCAAAGGUGUUCCUAGGCCGGUACUUUGUAUUUGUGCAAGGUUCUGUGCCCUCCUGUAUCAGAACCUUAGUAAAGCAUUAAGAUUAUUGCUUUACCUUGUUCCCUCCCACCUCCAGUCUUGCCACCCAACCAAACAUUUGGAAUGUGGGGGCAGGGAAUAGAAUUCCUUAACAACUGAAUUAAUCCUCCUACCCCUGCUCUCAUAUAACCAAAGCUCAGGCAAACAUACAAGUAUCUAAGAAGCCUCUCUAUAUUUUAUUUAGCACAGGGCUUGCUUAGGCCUUGUGUAUUCAUUUUCCUUUCAGUAAUGAGACUGGAGAUCCCACAUAAGUUAGCCAAGUAAUCAGUUUGAUGGUAUGAUUUUAAAACAUAGUACCUUUUUAAAGGAAACUUGCGUAAAAUUCAAUUGAAAAAUUUCUUGCCUUUGCUAUGCUGCAUCUGUCCUUUCCAAAAUCAGUAAAUCCUUGCUACACUUAUGAUACAGAGGAGACCUGGAUAGCAACAAAGCACCAACUAGGAGGAGCUAUUUUGCCUCUCAGAACUGCUGUAAAACCCCAGUUUGCUCUAUCUUCAUCCCCCAGUGAAGCAUCUUGGUAGUACAGGAGCGUUCCAGUGACAGGAACAGAUGGCUCUUCACUGCAGGUUCUGACCUAGUGUCUUUUGCUUAUACCACCCUCUGUUGAUAGUGGCUGGGUUAACUGGUUUUAGUUUUAUAAAGUAUUUCUUUUGUGAAAUCUGAAAUAAAACAACAUAAUGUCAGCUUAAACCAUU